AUGAAUUUCGUUGAACGGAAGUCCGUAGCCGCAAGGGUAGGCUUGUGCUACAACUGUUUGAAAAGAAAUCAUCGGGCCAUUGAUUGCGAGUCCGAUCAGGGGUGCAAGGUCCAAGGUUGUGGUCGGAAGCAUCAUAGUCUUUUGCACCCCAGCGAACAAACCAGGUCUUCGUUUCCAGUCACGCUGGAAGAUGCCAACGAAUCAAAUAGGCAGGAAGCAGAUGGUGCACGUGCAACUACAAUGUGCGCACAGAACGUGCGCUUGGAAACGGAAAAACGGCAGGUGCUACUGUCAACUGCAGAGGUCUUGGUAGUGGGACAUGGAGGAUCCACCGUCAAAUGUCGAGCAUUGCUGGAUUCGGGAUCUGACAGUCAUAUUCUCACAGAGAAAUUGGCCAAUAGAUUGAAGCUGAAGAUGAGCCGAAUCGACCUCCCAAUCAGCGGCCUCAACGACAUCCAAACGAAUGUAAGACAUCUUGUGUCGACAAAAAUUCGCUCUCGGAUCAACUCGUAUACAACGAGAGAAUUGGAUUUCUUAGUCGUACCCAGAAUUUCAGCGAAUAUUCCACUGGUUGAGAUUGAUUCUAGAUCCUGGAAGAUACCAACCGGCAUACAGCUAGCGGAUCCAUCGUUCCAUGUUGCAGCAGAAGUGGAUUUGAUCAUCGGCAACGAAAUAUUCUUCGACUUGGUUAGGAGUGGGCGUUUGAAGCUACAAAAUAGUUCGAUUACGUUGGCUGAAACCGAGCUUGGCUGGGUCGCUGGAGGGUCAGUGCAAAUGAAGAGGAGUGCACAGCGUACACGUGUUUGCCAGUUCAGUCGCCAAGAACAAAAGCAUCGACCACUGUCGGCAGCAGAAGCAGCCGCCGAGCAGUCUCACAGGGAGAAUCACGCGAGGGAUGAACCAGACCGCUUCGAAGUACGAUUCCCAUUCAACGGCAAGAAGUUUCAACUUGGUGAUCCUUACGUUAUGUCGAUGAAGCACGACAAGUGGCUGGUUUCCUUAUCGAAGAAUCCGGAGGAGCGCAAACAGAAUUACACUGAUAUGAUGGAAGUGAAUCUGAAUAAAAAGAAGAAUAUGAUAAGUGCAACCGCAAAGGACAAAACAAAAACAUACUACAGAUCAAGGGAGUGGUUACAAGGAUCCGAACAUGUGUUGAGCCAGAGGUCUCAACGGGGGGUGAAUGUUUACGCGAAAUGA